AUGCUUUCGGGGGAACCAGCUGUUGUAGAGAGUGCUGCUGCCUUGCUGAAGGCCAUUGUCACCAGAAAUCCCAAGGCAAUGAUAAGAUUGUACAGUACAGGGGCAUUUUAUUUUGCCCUGGCAUACCCUGGAUCCAAUCUUCUUUCAAUUGCCCAUCUCUUCGCAGUGACUCAUGUUCAUCAAGCUUUUCAUGGUGGUGAUGAAGCUGCAGUUUCGUCUUCAUUGCCUUUAGCAAAGCGUAGUGUGUUGGGUGGGCUUUUGCCUGAGUCCUUGCUGUAUGUCUUGGAACGCAGUGGCCCAGCUGCAUUUGGAGCAGCAAUAAUUUCUGAUUCUGACACUCCUGAGAUUAUAUGGACACACAAAAUGCGAGCAGAAAAACUCAUUUGUCAGGUUUUGCAGCAUCUUGGUGAUUUUCCACAGAAAUUAUCCCAGCAUUGCCAUUCUUUAUACGAUUAUGCUCCUAUGCCACCAGUAACAUAUCCAGAGCUCAGAGAUGAAAUGUGGUGUCAUCGCUAUUACCUUCGGAACUUAUGUGAUGAGAUUCGAUUUCCUAAUUGGCCUAUUGUUGAACAUGUUGAGUUCUUACAAUCAUUGCUGGUAAUGUGGCGUGAAGAGUUGACACGUAGACCCAUGGAUCUUUCUGAAGAAGAAGCGUGCAAAAUACUUGAGAUUUCCUUGGAAGAGGUAUCCAGGGAUGAUGCCAUCAAAAAACACGCUUUUGAGACAUCCGAGGAGAUUCCUAACAUAUCGAAGCAGAUUGAGAACAUUGAUGAAGAAAAACUCAAGCGACAGUACAGGAAACUUGCGAUGAAGUAUCAUCCGGACAAAAAUCCUGAAGGCAGAGAGAAGUUUCUUGCAGUGCAGAAAGCUUAUGAACGCCUGCAGGCUACUAUGCAAGGAUUGCAAGGUCCUCAACCUUGGAGGUUGUUGCUUUUACUGAAGGGGCAGUGCAUCUUAUAUAGACGAUAUGGCUCUGUAUUGGAGCCAUUCAAAUAUGCUGGGUAUCCAAUGUUGUUGAAUGCAGUGACAGUGGACAAAGAUGACAACAACUUUCUUUCCUCUGACCGAGCACCUCUCCUUGUUGCAGCCUCAGAGCUCAUUUGGCUCACGUGUGCAUCUUCUUCUCUGAAUGGUGAAGAGCUUGUGAGGGAUGGUGGAAUACAACUUCUUGCAAAUCUUCUCUCUAGGUGCAUGUGUGUGGUUCAACCAACUACUCCUGCAAGUGAAUCAUCUACUAUCAUUGUGACAAAUGUGAUGCGGACAUUCUCUGUUUUGAGUCAGUUUGAGAGUGCCAGAGUUGAGAUGCUUGUAUUUUCUGGACUAGUUGAGGAUAUUGUGCAUUGUACUGCACUUGAACUUGUACCUGCUGCUGUUGAUGCCGCUCUUCUGACCAUUUCUUAUGUUUCUGUGUCCUCUGAUUUACAAGAUGCGUUACUGAAUGCUGGUGUGUUGUGGUACCUUCUACCAUUGUUGCUUCAGUAUGACUCAACUGCAGAGGAAUCUGACACAACAGAGGCACAUGGUGUCGGUGCUAGUGUUCAAAUUGCCAAAAAUUUACAUGCUAUACGGGCAUCUCAGGCCUUGUCAAGGCUUGGUGGCUUGGAUACUGGUGAGAAUCCAACACCAUAUAACCAGGCUGCAGCUGAUGCCCUCAGGGCUUUGCUAACUCCGAAACUUGCCAGUAUGCUGAAACAUCAAUUUCUCAAAGACCUGCUGUCAAAGUUAAACUCAAACUUGGAGUUGCCAGAGAUUAUUUGGAACUCUUCAACCCGAGCAGAAUUGAUAAAAUUUGUGGACCAACAGCGGGCAAGCCAGGGCCCUGAUGGUUCAUAUGAUCUAAAAGAUUCACAUGCCUUUGCAUAUGAUGCACUAUCAAAAGAACUCUAUGUUGGCAAUGUGUACUUGAGGGUCUAUAAUGAUCAACCCGACUUUGAGAUCAGCGAACCUGAAGCUUUCUGUGUUGCGCUUGUUGAUUUUAUAUCAUGUCUAGUGCACAAUCAAUGUGCAACAGUUUCUGAUCUUCGAAACAGUGUGUUGUCACUUGAGGCAUCUGAGCUUCAAAGUGCUACAUCCAAUGGAUCAUCCAACGAACAGCAUAAUGCUGAUGAUUCUUCUGCAUCCUCUGAUGGGAAAGUGAUGGCCAAAGAGGAUAUUGAAUUGGUCAAGAACCUUCAAUUUGGUUUGACUUCUCUUCAGAACUUACUGACAAGCCACCCAAAUUUGGCAUCCGUAUUUUCUGCUAAAGAAAAGUUGUUACCCCUUUUUGAAUGCUUUUCUGUUCCCGUAGCAUCAGCCAGCAACAUUCCUCAGCUUUGCUUGAGUGUGCUAUCACGCUUGACUACACAUGCUCCAUGCUUGGAGGCUAUGGUUGCAGAUGGGUCUAGUCUGCUUCUUCUGUUACAGAUGCUUCACUCUGCCCCAAGUUGCCGUGAAGGUGCUCUCCAUGUGCUUUAUUCAUUGGCAAGCACACCAGAACUUGCAUGGGCAGCAGCUAAGCAUGGUGGUGUGGUUUACAUUCUGGAGAUUCUAUUACCUUUGCAAGAAGAAAUUCCCCUACAGCAAAGAGCGGCAGCUGCCUCCUUGUUGGGGAAACUUGUUGGGCAGCCAAUGCAUGGACCCAGAGUGGCCAUAACUCUGGCGAGGUUUCUCCCAGAUGGACUAGUGUCUGUUAUUAGGGAUGGUCCUGGUGAAGCAGUUAUUAGUGCCAUUGAACAAACAACAGAGACUCCUGAACUAGUAUGGACACCAGCAAUGGCUGCUUCUUUGUCUGCACAAGUUGCAACUAUGACAUCAGACCUAUAUCGUGAACAGAUAAAAGGGCGUGUUAUUGAUUGGGAUGUACCCGAGCAGGCAUCUGGCCAACAGGAAAUGAGAGAUGAGCCGCAGGUUGGAGGAAUCUAUGUUAGGCUAUUCUUGAAGGACCCCAAAUUUCCUCUUAGAAAUCCAAAGAAAUUUCUUGAAGGACUAUUAGAACAGUAUCUUUCCUCCAUUGCUUCCUCACAUUAUGAUGUCCAAGCUGUGGAUUCUGAGCUCCCUCUGCUUCUGUCUGCUGCGCUGGUUUCUUUGCUGCGAGUACACCCCGCGCUUGCAGAUCAUGUAGGAUAUCUUGGAUAUGUGCCCAAACUUGUGUCAGCAGUGGCCUAUGAGGGAAGACGAGAAACAAUGGCAUCAGGGGAGGUGAAAAAUGGCAAUAGUACUGAUGGAACUCGUGAGAGUGAGGAUGGUUCCACACAGCCAAGUUCCCAAACUCCCCAAGAACGUGUUCGACUUAGUUGCUUACGUGUCCUGCAUCAACUUGCGGCGAGUACAACAUGUGCAGAAGCUAUGGCAGCGACCAGUGUAGGAACACCCCAGGUUGUUCCACUGUUGAUGAAAGCUAUUGGUUGGCAAGGUGGAAGCAUAUUGGCGCUUGAAACACUAAAGCGCGUUGUGGCUGCUGGCAAUCGAGCCAGGGAUGCACUCGUUGCACAAGGACUUAAGGUUGGUCUUGUUGAAGUACUUCUUGGCCUUCUUGAUUGGAGGGCAGGGGGAAGGAAUGGACUUUGCUCGCAGAUGAAAUGGAAUGAGUCUGAAGCAUCUAUAGGCAGGGUGCUUGCAAUUGAGGUUCUGCGUGCAUUUGCAACAGAGGGGGCCCAUUGUGCAAAAGUGUGUGAGAUAUUAGAUGCUUCUAAUGUUUGGGGUGCUUAUAAAGACCAGAAGCAUGACCUUUUCCUUCCCUCAAAUGCUCAAUCUGCAGCUGCUGGAGUCGCUGGUUUGAUUGAGCAUUCCUCAUCGAGGCUUACUCAUGCCCUUACAGCUCCCCCACCGCAGUCUAGGACUCUAGUCUAAUGAGUCACAUCUGAUUAACGUAAAGGCGGAUCAACCUUCAUAAUAAGAAUGGACGACUGAGAAAUACAAUUUCUAAGAUGAAAGCUGCUGUCAGUCCUCAUACCUUGGAGUAAUCGAUAAAAGCAGUUACCAAUCCGCAUGCUUUGGCAUAAUGGUGGAAAGCAGGAUCAGCUUCCACAACAGAAGAAAAAAUGAAAGAGUUUUAUCACAAGGAUCGGAUCAUGUGUGGAGCCCUAUACUUCACUCAUUUGUAUAGCAACCUGUACAGUCUUAUUUUUCCAUCUCACCCUUUAUCUCUUGUUCUCUCCAUGCACACGGGAGGAGAGAAUGCAGAUCUUUUCAGAAGUCAGGCGCGAGAAAAUUGUUUGUCUUUCAUGUCAAGAGGAAAUCUUAUCUUUUGUAAAUCAUUUAUCUAGUUGCUGAAUUUUCCGUAAUUAGUGAGGUAAUUUUCCGUAAUUACUGAUUGUUAAUUAUAUUUGUUUAUAUACCGAGUGAGGUUUUUCACACAUCAUGG